UCAUACCGAAUUAUUAUAGCCUUUAGUCAUUUGGACAGAACCAUUCUUUAGAACAACUACUAAAGCUUAGUUAAAAAUGAAAAUUAAUAUAUUCUCAGUAAUAUUCGCGGCAAAUUUGUGUAUGUUCCAUUGCAAACAUCUGAUUAUUGGUGAAUUCAAGAACUUGACCGCAAUUUUUCAUACGGUAGCUAAAGUUGAGUUCCAUGGAAUGUCAUGUGCUAGAAAAGUUAAAAAAGUGUCGUACGAUGAUUAUAAAGGAAGAGUUAUUCUUGGCCUCGUAGCCUACGACAAUUUGCAGUCUAAAGCCACCGUCACAAUCCUGAAAGGAGGCAUCGGCUACACUCACAUCGUCUUACGACUACGCAGCGAGCGAGGGUGGGGCCUUGACUACGACAUCGCGGUCUAUGCCCUCGACCGAGACCGCCUGACUACCACCACCACCACGACUACUCCGAAACCGACUACCACGCAGCAACCACGACUGAAUAUCAACAAGCGGAGGCUGGAAAUCAAGAGCCAGUAUAUCAAAACUAUGAAGGAAGUACCGACAAGCGUUAUUUAGAAGGAGGUUUUUCAAGAAAAAUCAAAGUGUUAACAAACUUGCAUGAGAAAAAGUAUGGCCUCACAUCUCAUCAUAUACCUAAGUCCUACAUAGAGCAAACCUUAAUCUUGUACCAUUUUUUUACUGAAUAAUAAUGAAUAAGUAGUUUUC